AUGAGUAGUGCCCCGCACGCGCGCAUCAGUCAGCUCGCCAGCCAUCUCAGCUCGCACGACCCGCGACAAGAAGAGAGCGACUACGCGCAGCGCGUCAAGCAGACGGCGGCGUUUCUCCAUAGCGAGCGGUUCCAGUUUGUCAAGCGGCCGUAUGGCGCCGAGGACGUGGUCAAGCUCCAAGGCACAGUGCCCGCGGCCAACGUCGGCUCGGCCAUGUCGCACAAGCUCUACAAGAUGCUGCGCGAGCUGCAGGCAGUCCAGAAGACGAGCCACACGUUUGGCGCGCUCGACACGAUCCAAGUUACUCAGAUGGCCAAACACUUGUCGACGGUCUACGUCAGCGGCUGGCAGUCGUCUUCAACGGCGUCGACGUCGAACGAGCCGGGACCGGACGUGGCCGACUACCCCAUGGACACGGUGCCGAACAAAGUGGACCAGUUGUUUCGGGCCCAGCUCUUUCACGACCGCAAGCAGUACGAGGCGCGUCGCCGCUUGACGGCCGACGAACGUGCACGCACCCCGCCGACGGAUUUCCUGCGUCCAAUUGUCGCAGAUGCCGACACGGGUCACGGCGGUCUCACUGCCGUGAUGAAGCUGACCAAGAUGUUCAUCGAACGUGGCGCUGCUGGCAUUCACCUCGAGGACCAGAAGCCCGGCACGAAGAAGUGCGGCCACAUGGGCGGCAAGGUACUCGUGUCGGUGCAGGAGCACACCCAGCGACUCAUUGCUGCUCGUCUGCAGGCUGAUAUCCUUGGCAGCCCGUUGGUUGUCGUGGCCCGCACGGACGCUGAAGCUGCUACGUUGCUGGACAACAACAUUGACCCUCGCGACCACCCGUUCAUCAUUGGCGCCACGAAUUUGAACGUGGAAUCGUACGUUGACGCUACUCGCGCUGGUCGGGAGAGCAAGUGGGACAAGCUCGCACAGGCCAAGACGUACCCGGAGGCGGUUCGCGAGGUGUUGCAAAAGGCGGGCCGCUCGGAUGCCUUGGCCAAGUGGAAUGCCCAGUGUCUAGAGCUGGGUCUGUCCGAGUUGCAGAGCCUAGCAAAGUCACUAGGUGUGGACGUUGCCUUUGACUGGGACCUUGCCCGCACUGUAGAGGGGUACUACCGUGUGCGCGGCGGUGUCGACUAUUGCAUUGCCCGUGGCCGUGCGUAUGGUGAAUACGCCGACUUGAUCUGGAUGGAGACGGCCAAGCCAGGUGUACCGCUGGCGCGGACGUUUGCUGAGGGCGUCAAAGCUAAACUUCCGCACCAGAUGCUGGCGUACAACUUGUCGCCUUCGUUCAACUGGGACGCUGCUGGCAUGUCGGACACUGAGAUCGAGACUUUCGUGACGGACCUGGCCCAGCUGGGCUUUUGCUGGAUGUUCAUUACGCUAGCUGGUUUCCACAGCGAUUCGCUUGGCAUCACCCGUUUUGCGCGUGACUACGCCAAGCGUGGCAUGCUCGCGUACGUCGAGGGCGUGCAGCGAGCCGAGCGCAACGAGGGCGUAGAGACGCUGAAGCACCAGGGUUGGUCAGGUACCGAGCUGGUGGAUGCCAUGCAGAACACCAUCACGGGUGGACUGUCGUCGACAAACACGAUGGGCCACGGGGUUACCGAAUCGCAGUUUUGA